CACCGCCCCCACCGCGGGUGGAGCGGAGCCCGGCAAUGUCGGUUCCGCGAGCCGCGGGGCUGGACCCGGAAUCGGUGCCGGAGCGCGGCCGGGGCAUGGAGCUGGAGCUGGGGAGCAGCAGGCAGACAUCGCACCGGCUGCUGGCCUACAGCGAUGCACUGCUCUCCAUCAUCGCCACGGUGAUGAUUUUGCCUGUGGCUCACACAAAAAUACAUCCCGAUCAGAAACUAGGUGAAAGUGUUCAGCAACUUCUUCUAGCAAAAAUUGCAGUCUACUUAAUGACCUUCUUAAUAGUCACAGUGGCAUGGGCAGCUCAUGUAAGGUUGUUUCAGGUGAUAGAGCUUAUAGAUGAUGUCCUCGCUCUUCUAAAUCUGGCUUGUAUGAUGAUCAUAACCUUCCUGCCAUACACAUUUUCCUUAAUGGCCUCUUUUCCAGACGUACCUUUUGGCAUUUUCCUGUUCAGUGUCUGUGCUGUUGUCAUUGGCCUUAUACAGGCUGUGAUAGUAGCAUAUGGAUUCUAUCACCCACACUUCCUUAAUCAACAGAUACAGGUGUCUGAAAAUCAGAAUUUCUAUAAACGUCAUAUCUUAAAGAUUAUCCUCAGAGGACCUAUUUUAUGCUUUUUAGCAGCAAUCUGCUCUUUUUUCUUUAUUCCUUUGUCUUAUGUACUUCUUGGGCUCGUAAUCGUUUUUCCACAUCUCACGCGAUUCACUACGUGGUGUAAAACUAAGAUUGUUGGUCAUAGAGAUGAAGAGGAGGAACACCAUAGCUUAGAAACCUUCACUUUUUACCUCAGUGAGCCUCUAAGUAAAGAACGAGUCGAAGGAUUCAGUGAUGGAGUCUAUGCUAUUGUAGCAACCCUGCUCAUUUUGGAUAUAUGUGAAGACAAUGUCCCUGAUCCCAGAGAAGUUGAGGAGAAAUUCCACGGCAGCCUUCUCGAAGCUUUAAGUGAAUAUGGGCCAAACUACCUUGCAUACUUUGGCUCAUUUGUAACCAUCGGUCUCCUGUGGUUUGUCCAUCACUCACUUUUCCUUUAUGUAACAAAAGCUACACGAUUAAUGGGACUGCUUAACAUACUUUCAUUGGCUUUCAUUGGUGGGCUUCCACUAGCUUACCAGCUGACCAGUGAGUUUGCAGAGAAGUCUCACAAUGAAAUAGAAGCCAUUCAGGUCAGUUGUGUUAUCACUUUCUUUGCCAGCAUAUUUCAGUUUGCAAUAUGGACUACAGCUCUCCUCCAUGAAAGGGAAACUUUGCAUCCUUUUGCUAGAUAUGGUGGCAAGGAGCAUGCCUUCAUGUUUGCCAAGCUGGCUCUCUACCCUUGUGUAAGCCUUGGAGUCUUCUUUCUAACAUGCUUGUUAAGUGAAUUUAGCACAGCAAUUUUCCAUCUUAUGCAGAUUGUAAUCCCAUUUGCUUUUCUUGCCUUGCGCAUUUUUGUUAGAAUUGCUUUAACUGUUCUAAGGUCCAUGAUGUCUCUCUCCAGACGGAAGGUUGUAUUGUUAGAAGAAGAGGAGGCAUGUUUGUCUCCUACUGAACCACUGUCCUGAAUUUCUGUGCAGUGCAUGUGAAGUUAGAAUAUUAACUUUAUGAUUCACAUAAUCUUCAUGUUUGGAUUAUACCGACCUAAACUAAAGCCUUCAUUGGCCAUAACUGGGGCAUAUUUAAGUUUUAGCUGGUCAUGCUUGAGACCCUGUCUCCAAAACCUGUAAUUGAAAUAAUUGGGUAAGUAGGGGAUACAAAGAAAAGCAUGUUCCCCUUCCUUUAGAGUUACCCUUGUGAAAAAAAUGCUGCUUGACAUGUAACUGCAGUGAUGAUUAAUUCAGAAGUGCACAAACAGAUGCCCUGCAAAAUGUCCUUUUUUUCUGACAUAGGGCAGCAAUUAUGGCAGCCAAACACAGGUAUAGAAGCUGGCUGUGCUACUGUAAGAUGGGGAGCAAGGCUUAAAAGGCAUGGAGACCUCUGCAUUUCUGGAUAGUGCAUCAUGGCACACGGAUUGCUAGUCUGUCCCCUUUUGUCACCCUUUUUUUAAGGUUACAAAGUCUCUUCUGCAUAGUCAAGAACUUGUAAUGGCGUUUUGAAAGCUACUUGCGUUUGAGUUGUGCUGAGCAUGGGUUUAGAUGAGAGUUGCAAUUGUGACCAUAUGCAGUCUUCAAGACUAGCUGAACACAAGUUCUCCAGGCUUAUCUGCUCUUCUAAAAGAAAAAAAAAAUAAAAAUUAUGCAUUUAACAGGUGAGGAUGCAUGUGGUUAUGUAUCCAAGGUUUGAACCAGCUUCAAUAUCUCCCAGAGAGGUGAUUCAAAGAGAACUACAGGUGAAUUUAUUUUCAGUUCUGAAGCAGCUGCUCAUCUGAAAUGAAAGAUUUGGAUUUCUCAGGGUUUUCAUGUUUGCUUUCAUACUGAGAGAACAUCCUUCCAUCCAUUGUGAUGGCAUUAUGUCAUAUUCAGAGAGUAUGUGACUUUCCUGCUACAAAUAAGAGUUUCCCAUCAGGUAAUGAGUUUUUCCUGAAGUAGAAGCUAUCUAAGGGAUCCCACAGAUUUCUGGGUCUUGCUGAGCAAGACAGCAAAAAAACCUAUCUCUGUAAAGGUUCCAGUCCAUGGCAUGUUGAAGUUUUUCUACAGUUAUGUUCAGUUUAGUAAGUUUUAUGCCUACCAAAAGUUACCCUGCAAAGAGCUGUACAGAAGGAACGGGCAAAGUCAUCUAGCCUCUGGCUGCCCUGGAAGCAUUUACAUUUCUUUUUGGCAGAGCCUUUAGUUUGUAUCUUGAACUGUCUUAGUGCCUGACAACUUUAAUGCCAUAUUUAAAGGCAUCUGAGGGAUUCUGUUGUUCCUUUAAAAAAAAUAACUAAAAAUACUGUAGCAAACAAUGUCUGGAGUAAUUGUUAGUGAAGACAAAUUAUGGUAUUUCACUUCAGUUGAGAUCAGUCUUGAAAGCACUUGUGCUUUUGGUCUGAAGCACCCUGAUACCAAUAUGUAAUUGUCAGUAUUACAUAUUUUGUGUGAGAGAGUAUGUUCAGAUAUCCAAGGGAGUUUAUACCUGAAUGAGGUAAAAUGACUUCUGGGAGGAUUCUGCAUUGCAUUUGUAUCACAGUGUGUUUCUGAUAUUUAAUAAAAGCACUUUUGGUUCUAUCUGGUUUUGUUUCUAAUGUGCAGCAGGCACAUAAUAAGCAGUGAAUAUGUGUAUUUGUAAUAAAUUUUCAUCAGU